UAUGUGUUGAUUACAGCCUGGUGAGACUGCCCAGCUGCCUGCCAUGGGUGGGGACACCCCUGUGGACCGCUCGUACAUAGUGGCCAAGUACCUGGCGCCGACGAUCCACGUGUCGCUGAUCGGCUCUCUGACGGCCGUCACGGUGCUGCUGCGCCUGCUGGACGGCGAGUCGGUGUGGUUCUGCUUCCUGUUCCCGGCGCUGAUCGCUGCCAACUGGGCCCAGUUCAUGCGCCACCCGAGCUUCGUGCAGCUGUCGGACCGGCCCGAGAACGACGUCAGUCGGUACCCGCAGCGCGCGCCGGCCGAGUGCGCCACCAUCCGACCCACGGCCGCCGACGUGCACGAGCGGCUCAUGGACCCGGCGCCGCGCUACCAGAUCGCCGACGGCGUCCACUUUUGCCGCCGGUGCGCGUUCCACGUGCCGGCUUGCUCGCACCACUGCCCGCUGUGCCGCCACUGCAUCCGGCUGCGCGACCACCACUGCUUCUUCCUGGGCGCCUGCGUGGGCCGCGACAACAUGGUCUACUUCGUGUCGUUCUGCCUGCACGCGUGUCUGGGCUGCGCGGUGGCCGCCUGGACGCUGGGCGGCCACCUGCACGCGGCGCACCUUCCGCUGAACACGGUGCACGGGGCGGUGAACUUCCUGCCGCCGGCGGCGGUGGCCAGCUGGGUGCUGGGCACGGUCAGCGGCCUGGCCGUCGGCUACCUGGUGCUGCUCUACCUGGCCGUCACCACCUGCCUGGGCACCGGCUUCAUGUUCGGCUACCACAUGGCGCUGCUGGCGUCCGGCCAGGUGGCGCACAUGUGGUCGGUGACGCCGCGCCUGGAGGUGUCGCCGCGCGCCGGACAGCACUGCCGGCGCAUGUUCGGCCGCCACGGCCUGCUGCAGCUGCUGCUGCCGCUCGACCGGCGACCCUACCCGAGCCUCGACCGCGACGACUUCGGCCUGGAGGAGAUCAAGGUGCUCUGAGUGGUCGGACUCCGGAGGAUCGGUGUCACCGGGAGCGGAGGCCAGCACCAGGUCAGGGUAUGGGCAUUACGGGACGGGUCGCCUAUUACAAACCUAAGAGCGGUAUAUACCCAUGCUGAUGCAUAACAUAACACAUUUUCUGCUGAAUCUUCAGCCUAUGUUAUGCUCAAGAGUAGUAUUAUCUUAUCCCUCUCGCAUCUCAUUCGUGUCUAAUGGGCAGGUUAUAAAAAGUGCCUAUCAAAUAUCUAUAGAUCAGCGCACGGUCCAUUUUAGAUACGCGUUUGCUGAAAGCGGAGGAGAGUAAAUGCGGGAUUAUAUGUCUUAUUCCUAGAUGCGACAGCCUGUAUAGCGACCAUAAAAGUGUACGAGGUCGGUUCCUGUCGGGGAAGAGUCACGCGAUAGACUCAGGGGGCAGCGAUCGCUUGGACUUCCGCCAGGCUCUAAGGGCUGCUAAAUGCUCGCCGUCAUACGGCAAUGAAUAGCAUAACGACCGUCUGCGCUCAAAUUGGGGCUUAUCCGCUAAAUUCUCUUCCUUUUUUACCUGACAUCCGCUAUUCGCCCUUGGUUGAUUAUGCUUCGAUUUAGAACAUCAUUCACGGCUUUACUGCCUAUUCCAAUAAUUGUAUCGUUAGGAGGUACUUUGAUACGAUUUGUUUCGCAGAUAACAGAUGCAUUUCACAUUGUCAUGUUGGUAUGACGUCAUUCAAGCUGUCUUUUUCACACAAUACGAAAGUUCACGUAGCUCAAGCUUAUGGUUUGUCGUGCACAUUCUGGUGACACGCCGUUGUGUAGCGUGAUAACGGGGACCGGCGCGGCUAGUUUUAGCUCUUAGACUUUGAGGUUUGAUCGCUUGGUAUGCUCUUCGGAGGUAGAUUUAGCGCAGUUCUACAGCAUAGUGCUAGGUAAGGAUGGAGCUGUUGUUAUCGUUUUGUAUGGAGUGCAUUGUUUGAUUUAUCGCAGAGCUAAAGACCGACAAUCUUAUUCUACCUGUUGCUAUUUCACUUCUUUUUAGUCAUUCCAGCCCAUGCUGUCUUCCCUGUUUUGUCUUGCUUGUCUAUUGCUACCUGGUGAACAUUUUGUUUAUGCAUUGGGCUCUAUUUUAUGAACUAUAGUUAGUAGUUACAAAUGUUAGUAAUAUGAGGAACGUUCUUUGUUCAUCAUAACUAACACGUUGGCACAACAGUCAAAUGUCGCGAUACCUAAUACUCUUAGUACUUAUUCGUACACUUUUAACUUGCCUCAUGAACCUAUCGGUCAAUUUCCUGUUAUUGCUCGGAUUUUGACCUAAUCAUUUUUUACAUUCUUUUAAGCUUUUUUUACUAAGCAUACCAAUAUGUCUUUUGAUGCUUGCUCUUCAUCUUGCUUCAUUUUAUAUUUUCUUUUAUAUUUUGUGUUUUUUUUCUACUGUAAUCCAAUAGGAUUACAGUAGAAUCACCAUAGAUGGUGCUUGUGUUGCAUUAUUAAUUAAAAUGUGUGAAAUCCAAACGGCUCAAGCGAUCUGCUGAUUCAGUUACGAGCUUAAUUCGAGGGGCUAUUCUCAUCCGGGACAUGCCGGAUGCGCGUAACAUGCAUAGUCACCGCUUGCUAGUCUUCGUUUAGUAUCGGUAUCGUCCAUGCCAUGUUUAGUUAGGUACGCCGCUAGCUUAUUUUUUAUACCAUCUGACAGUGGCCUGGCCAGUGGCCAGCUCGCUCAGUAUCGCGGUUAAUGUGACCUGUUGGGACGGGUUAAUGGCUACGUCCAUGUAUUUUCAUUGUUGCUUUUGUGAUGUGUUUGUGGUCCAUAUGUACACACGGCAUUAAUUUCAACGCUAGCCACAUGUCGCUCUUAUUCAUUUACAUUCUGUACCGCUCAUUGCAUUUUUUCUUUUUGCUAACAUGCUAAAUCCUCAUUUCCGAAACAUCGACUCUGACAACGAUAUAUGCAUGUAGCUAGACAGGCUCGUUACUGUAAUCCAGUUACUGGCUAUGUCACAUGCGUUCAACGCUGAUGUGUUCUUCCUUUUACUCACACGAUUCUUUGUCGAUAGUUGCUAGCUUGGUUGCUAGCAUCAAUGCUCCUGUGUUUUCUGCUCGUGUUAUAGCACAAUCAAUUAUUCCGGGACAUGAAAUGCGUGCGUUUGUGCGUGCUGUCCAACAUGAGCUGUAUCAGUCUUAUGAUGUUCUGUCUGGCUCAGAAUGCUCCGUCCAUGACGUGAUAAAGCUUGACGUGCAGUGAUUUGAUGUGAUAACUUUAAUCUGUGAGCAUUCUGUCGUGCCGUAUAUCGGCCUCGCCAGUCUAUCCGGGCUGAUGUGGUGUUCUAGAUUACAACGAUGCUCUUCGCUACUUAUCUCCUAUCGUUAUUGUGCUUUGCCUUUCAUCUCGACUUCGCACUAACUGAAUUUUACGCAUCGUUUGUGCAAUGUGCAAUGUGAAUUGUGUGUCCUAUCGUUGCUGUAUGUAUUUGUGUGACAUCAAGUCCAAUAAAUCAAUCAUAACAUUCCA